AUGUUUUCAGCGGAUAUCGCCUACUUUUCUGAACGCAACAACACUGAACAAACUGCAUCUGCAGUGCUUUCUUCUGCAGUACUUGAUGAGUCGCUAUCUUUAGAAUCAAAACCAAGCUUUGAUGACUUUGCCUUCACUGGUGAAUCCAGUUCUAUGUCUAAAGAUAGCCUUUCACCUGCUUCAUCGCCCUCUGUACUUCAUCCUUUCGUCAAAUCAUCUUGGUCAAACGGAAGUAAAGUCAGUACGCAGCUAUCAGAGCACGUACCUAGCACUAUGUUAGAUGGUGAAUUAUUGGAGUCGGCAACUGCAUUUGGGCCUACAGAGGUUCCACUCGAUUGCGACCACGUUUGCCCGAAUAAAUACGAGUUAGGUCCCGAGUAUUGCUACCGUAUUCUAUCCGCAAAACAGUCAAGAACUUACCUAAGGGCGUUACGAUCAUGCCAAGAGGAUGUUAACGCUGAUCUUGCCGAUGAAAUUGAUCUCAGAAAUCCGGAAGUCAUGGAGCUUGUUCGCUCGUUAAGGUAAUG